GUUUCAGCUUUUUGAAUUGCAAAUUGCGCGCUAUUAGGGCCAGACGAUCUUGAAUUGAUUCACUGGAUGGCUGAAACUACCUGCUACGAGCCUGUUGUGGACAGAUCGUCGUUGAGAGCGUGCUAUUCGAACGAUGUGCGAAGCGACUUGCCGGACACCGAUACAACCGCUGUUACGAUCGAAAAACCCUCAAGGAGUCGUACGCGUCGAAAAAUUGUGUUCGUCAGUUCGAAAGUCGUUAUGUCUCGAUGUCAAUUCGGUAAAUGGUUAUUUCUCUGCCUGUACCUGGGACUUGCAUGCCUCUGCAAUUUUGCUGUAAUCGCCUACACACACGAUUUCGCCACCAGGCAACCCCUCCCCGACUUCCUUUUCGCCCUGUUCCCCGAGCAAGAAUGGGCUUCCCGCCUCGGUGACUACAUGGUCACGGCAACCGUGGCCUGCUUCAUCUUGCUGCUGAUCUUCCACCGAUCCCGAUCCGUCGUGGCUCGCCGAUUCAUGUUCAUCGCUGGCACGCUCUACACAUUUCGUUCGAUCACACUGCUCGUCACGCAACUCCCUCCAGGCUACGAAAACAAUCGAUUGCGAUGUCGGGAACAAGUAAAUCUCACAUUUGGUCUUUUCCUCUCAAGAGUCGCCGAACAAGCUAUUCGGGCCGGAUUCCAGGAGAAGAUCGGAAUGUUGUGCGGGGACAUGCUGUUUUCAGGUCAUACUCUCAGCAUGAUCACAAGUGCACUCUGCAUAGCCUACUACCUACCGCAUCGUUGGCGGAUGUUGCAAUGGGUGCCACAUGUCCUCGCUGGAUUUGGCAUGGCUUGUAUGAUCAUCUCUCGUACACACUACACCGUUGACAUUGUCAUCGGCUAUUGGCUGUCAAAUUUUGUUUUUCGGGUAUAUCAUGCAUUUUGUGAAGUGGACAUUUUUAUGGAAAGAAGAAAAUCCGUACUGUAUGACAUGUGGAUAUUUUGGAUAGUUGAAUGGUUAGAAGAUGAUGUAGUACCUGGAAGGAUCGAGAACAAGUUCGAGUUUCCUUUCGAUGCUUUAUUACGGCUGCUACUGCGAGAUGAAGCGGUCAAGCACCACAAACAGAUAUCUAUAAGCUCGGCAUCCACAUUCAAUCUGCCCUAAUUUCAUUUGCCGGGGUGAUUUGUGGAUUGCCCACAUAUACGAGUAUUUCGUAAGGUCUCAAACAAUCGCCCACUUCAUUAUUUGUCCUAGACGUACGGUCCUGCGAUCAUAGCCGCAGCGCGACCGGUACAUAUAUUUUUCUCCUUGAUUUUUAAAUAACAUUCUACCUCUGUGAGCUAUUCAACUGUCUUGUCAUAGUGCCUUUAAUUUACCGGUUUACGGAUUUCUCCUGUCUUAAUGUUCUCAUUCACACCGUAACUUUAUGUCAUAUUGAAACCUGUUGUGAUUGAUUACUGAUGUCAUUUCUUAUUUGUUAGUGUAGAUUUAUUGUCAGGCAAAAACCUGUGAUAUUGUAAUUACGAG